CUUUGUCGUUGACUCCUCACAGCAGGGGAGGGAUAGAGAGAGAUAGCUGAUCCUUUGGAUUCUUGAAGAGGAGUGGGCGUUUCCCCCAUGUGAGCUGAGAGCUUGCAAGAGGAGCAGAGAUGGGUUGAAGACAUAGUACCUUCAAAUUACCAAUUUGAGAGAGAGAGAGAGAGAGAGGGAGGCAAAGAAAGCAGCUUUCAGAUGGAAAGCAGAGGGAAAAGCGAGGAGAGAGAGGGAAAAGAGCAUGGACUGGCGGUGAAAAAGUGGAAACAAGGUGCCGCCUUGGGAAAAAGAGGAGGCCCUAGCACGCCACCGCCCACAUGGAGGCUUGAGCUCUCUCCUCCCUCUCAACCUCAGAAUCACUCCGUCCAAGAAUUCCUCACAGACCCUCCACACCCAUCAGCAGUCUCUGCCCGGAAGCUAUGUGCUUGUCUCUGGGAGGUUGAGCCCCACCAGACCCUCCAUCUUGGUAGAAUGGCGAGCAAAAGCAAGAGCAGGCAUCGUCAACAUAAGCACCACGAUGACCUGGGCUUUGAGGACCUUGUCCCUCCUGGUACUGUAAAACCUGAAGAGCCAGCGAUUGCAGGCUGCCUCACAGGGAAAAUUGUAGCAUCACCCAUGCAACGGCAUAACUCUGGCGGGAAUGAACAUGCUUUCGAGUCUGCCACUCCAGAAACUUGUAGUGGGUCAAUGGAGGUGGCACCGUAUAAGCCUCCUCUCAGAGGUAUGUUUGAUGAAAAAGGAAGAAUAGGUGGGUCAGGUUAUAGCCUUCAGACAUCGACAGAAUUACUGAAGGUGCUCAACCGGAUCUGGAGUCUUGAAGAGCAGCAUGUGUCCGACAAAUCAAUGUUGAAAGCUCUGAAAUCAGAACUGCAUCAAUCUCACUCUAGAAUUAAAGAGUUGGUGCGGGAGAAGCAAAAGGAUAGGCGAAUAAUGGAUGAUUUGAUGAAGGCACUUGCAGAGGACAAGUAUGGUAGGAAGCAAAGGGAACAAGAGAGAAUUGAAGCUGAAGCUGAAUUGCUGAGGGAAGAGGCGGAGAAAGAGAGCAAGCUAAGGAAGCGUUCGGAAAGCCUGCACAGGAAGCUGGCCAAAGAGCUUUCUGAGCUGAAGUCUGCUUACUCUACUGCUCUGAGAGAGCUCGAAAGAGAGAAGAAAGCGCGGAUUUUGCUAGAAAAUCUUUGUGAUGAGUUUGCUAAGGGAAUAAGAGAUUAUGAACUGGUGGUGAGGUCUUUAAAGCACGGGCCCAUAAAAGAAAGCAUUGUUAGGGAAAGUCUUGAUCGCCUGAUUCUCCACAUCUCAGAAGCGUGGCUUGACGAGCGUAUGCAGAUGAAGCUGGCAGAAUCUCGUGAUGAUGUCGCUGGAAAGGACACUGUCGUGGACAAAUUAAGUUCUGAUAUAGAAAGUUUUCUUCAAACUAAACGGUCGGCUGCAUCAAGUAAGAAUGGUGAGGUCGCCUUGAAUGACACGAAAGAAAGGUGCUUUCAACGGCAUUCUUUGGAAUCAUUUGCUUUAAAAGAGGCUGGAACUGCACCUCCGGUGGCCCAUGAUGACGACUGUUCUUUCGACAGCGAUUGGCAAUGUUUUGUACAAAGUAAUAAAGUGGAUGCUAAAGAAAGCAAAGAGAGCUAUCAACGAACCGGUGCUAACGCUUCACACAGCCAUCUAGCUGAUCUAGUUAGAUCUAGGUCCUCGGACAAAGACUUGAAACGUGAAAUCACGAAGUCCGGCGAUCCGUCCACUCUGCCAGAAGCAUGCAACGAUGGAACUGGGGAAAACGUAAGGACUGGAGAGGAAAACCGAUCAGGACUAAAUGAUACAGAGACGUAUGUGAUGGGCACGAAUGCUGGAUACUGCCAGCACGGAGAACACCGUGGAUCAAAUGCCGAUGGUUCUUUCGAUCAUAUGAUUAGAAACCACUCGCUGCGCCUGACAAGCACUAGUACUCGUCCUGCGAGCAACUCACGGGACAAACAUUGCGGUGUGCCUGGAUACGCAGGUCAGGUGAGUCCAGUGCAAAAGUGGCCAUCAAAAUUGCCUUUGCCGGAGCCUGGCAAAAUCACGUCUUCUUUAAGAUGGCCGAAAGGGUUGAAGGAAAACGCGCUGAUGGUGAAGCUGCUCGAAGCGCGGAUAGAUGGUCAGCAUUCCCGUUCAAAGGGUCAAAGAGGUACUGCAUAGGUUGAUGGUACUUGUAAAUUGUACUUACAAGUGACAGGCUUCAUAGUCUAGAGAAUAUGGUAUUAAAGUCAUCAUCAAUGUUGAAUCUACUUUCUUCAUAGAGUUCUCGUCCAGAUAGUUAACAAUGGCAUAGAAAGCUUAAAGCUUAUAGAGCAAUAGCUGGACUGCAAUAGUAUUGACAGCAAAGUGGAGUAAUGAACAUCUUGCAUCGGCACGAUCGGCUACAGGAGCACUUCAGUUAGAGGGUCUUUAUGCUUGAUUCUGCAAUUGUAGGGAGGUGAACAUUAGAAUAUAAACAAUCAGAUGGUUCCCUUGAUUGAUUUA